ACAGGCACAUAAAGAUUCAUAAAAAAGAAGAAGCAAUCUUCACAGACCUCCAGCUCAUCCACUGCUCUCAUACCGAGCUCCUCUUUCUUGGUCUUGGACACCCCUUUUAGCUCAUCUCCGCAAAAGCAUACAGCCUUUGUAGAGAAAAAAGAGGGAGAGAAACAGGAUGGCACUAGCUACAAAAAUCAUCGGGGGUCGUUUGAUUGAUGGAUCAUCAUUUUUACCAGCGUCAAAAAUGUUGACGAAGCAACGGGGAGGAAUGGUUAAGAGGAACCAGUUCUUGGGGAGUCCAGUUUUGGUGCCUUCGCAGCAAAUUAGAAGACAGGAGCAGUUAAAGCGAGCCGUGAGAGCUCCUGUGGCAGCUAUUAGUGAAGAUAUAAUUAAGACCAACAACAAAACUACUGUGCCUGAAAAGGCAGUGAAUUUCAAGGUGAGAGCUGUGGUGACUGUGAGAAACAAGCACAAGGAGGACUUGAAGGAGACUAUUGUGAAGCAGUUGGAUUCUUUCACCGACAAGAUUGGGAGAAAUGUUGUUUUGGAGCUUAUUAGCACUGACGUUGAUCCAAAAAGCAAGGAACCAAAGAGGAGCAAGCCAGCUGCGUUGAGAGACUGGUCAAAGAAAUCAAAUCUUAAAGCUGAGAGGGUCCAUUACACUGCUGAAUUUACAGUAGACUCCGAUUUUGGUGUGCCUGGGGCAAUCACAGUGAGCAACAAGCAUCAACAGGAGUUUUUCCUGGAGAGUAUCACCAUUGAAGGUUUUGCUUGUGGUCCAGUCCAUUUCCCUUGCAACUCAUGGAUACAAUCUAAGAAAGAUCAUCCUGGGAAGAGAAUUCUUUUCUCUAAUAAGCCAUAUUUACCAAGCGAGACACCAGCUGGACUUCGAGCAUUGAGAGAGAAGGAACUGAGGGAUCUUAGGGGCGAUGGAGAAGGAGUUAGAAAAUUGUCAGAUAGGAUUUACGACUUCGAUGUGUACAAUGAUUUGGGAAAUCCAGACAAGAGCGUUAACUUGACUAGACCCAGUCUUGGCGGUAAAAAAAUCCCAUACCCAAGACGAUGCCGUACUGGUCGCCUCCCAAUGGACUCUGAUAUCACUGCAGAGAGCCGAGUGGAGAAGCCAUUGCCACUAUACGUGCCGAGAGAUGAACAAUUUGAGGAGUCUAAGCAAAACGCUUUCUCAGCUGGGAGGCUUAAAGCAGUGCUUCAUACAAUAAUACCAUCCCUGAAGGCAACCAUCUCUGCUGAUAAUCAUGACUUCACUGGCUUCUCAGACAUUGAUAUUCUCUACAAAGAAGGGCUUCUUCUUAAAGUAGGGUUGCAAGAUGAAAUCUGGAAGAACCUACCAUUGCCCAAAGUGGUUACUAAGAUACAAGAAUCUAGUGAGGGAAUGCUCAAAUAUGACACACCAAAGAUCCUUUCCAGGGACAAGUUUGCCUGGUUGAGAGACGACGAAUUUGCUCGUCAAGCCGUCUCAGGAGUUAACCCAGUUAGCAUUGAGAGCCUCAAGGUUUUUCCACCAAAAAGCAAUCUUGAUCCUGAAAUUUACGGUCCGCAAGAAUCCGCUUUCAAGGAAGAACACAUUGUGGGCCAUCUUAAUGGCUUGUCCGUUUCGCAGGCCUUGGAGGAAAACAAACUGUUUAUAAUUGAUUACCAUGAUGUUUAUCUCCCAUUUUUGGACCGGAUUAAUGCCCUUGAUGGUAGAAAAGCGUAUGCAACUCGUACCAUGUUUUUCUUGACGCCUCUUGGGACACUUAAGCCCAUCGCUAUAGAGCUUAGCCUCCCACCAGCGGGGCCAAAUUCCCGAUCAAAGCGUGUGGUUACACCUCCCAUGGAUGCGACUAGCAAUUGGGUUUGGCAACUCGCUAAGGCUCAUGUUUGCUCCAACGACGCUGGUGUUCACCAGCUUGUCAAUCACUGGUUACGUACACAUGCUUCCCUGGAGCCAUUUAUACUAGCAGCGCACAGGCAAAUGAGUGCAAUGCAUCCUAUUUUCAAACUUUUGGAUCCACACAUGAGAUAUACACUAGAGAUCAAUGCCUUAGCCCGCCAAAACUUAAUCAAUGCUGAUGGUGUUAUUGAGUCUUGCUUCACUCCCGGCCGCUAUUGUAUGGAGAUCAGCGCAGCUGCCUACAAAAGCUCUUGGCGUUUUGACAAGGAAGGCCUCCCUGCCGAUCUCAUUCACAGGGGUAUGGCAGUACCUGACCCGACACAACCACACGGUCUAAAGCUUCUAAUUGAGGACUACCCAUAUGCCCAAGAUGGGCUACUAAUCUGGUCUGCAAUCGAGAACUGGGUUCGCACCUAUGUUGAGCGUUACUACCCAGAUUCAAGCUUGGUUUGUAAUGACAAGGAGCUACAAGCAUGGUAUUCUGAGUCCAUCAAUGUAGGUCAUUUCGAUCUUCGUGAUGCUGAAUGGUGGCCCAAGCUGGAAACCACUGAUGAUCUUGUCUCGGUCCUCACCACCAUCAUCUGGCUUGCAUCCGCACAACAUGCCGCGCUCAAUUUUGGGCAGUACCCCUAUGGUGGUUAUGUGCCUAAUAGACCGCCCCUAAUGAGAAGAUUAAUUCCCGAAGAAAAUGACCCCGAGUAUGCAAAUUUCCUGGCUGAUCCACAAAAAUAUUACCUCUUGGCACUGCCAAGUCUAUUGCAAGCAACAAAAUUCAUGGCUGUGGUGGACAUGUUAUCAACACACUCACCGGACGAGGAGUACAUAGGGGAACGACAACAGCCGUCAAUAUGGUCAGGCGACGCUGAAAUGAUCGAGGCAUUUUAUGAGUUCUCGGCAGAGAUGCAGCAGAUCGAGAAGGAGAUAGACAGAAGGAAUGCUGAUCCUCGCCUUAAGCACCGGUGCGGUGCAGGGGUUCUGCCAUAUGAAUUACUAGCCCCUAGUUCAGGACCUGGAGUUACAUGUAGAGGUGUCCCAAAUAGCGUGUCAAUAUAAGCCAAAAUAAACCUGGACUCGAGUAUUUUUACGUGCCCCUGUAGUUUAUUAAUUAGGUAUUUUUAGGCCGCUCAAGGUUGGAGUCGGUACCGAGAGGAGGCCAUUCCUACAUUUUUGUGUCCAUAUAAUGCAGUAUAGUUCUGGCUGCAUUUGUAACAUAGGAUUGUAUAUGACAUAUAGACUUUAGAAUAAGGAUAGCGAUUCGUCAUAUCCCAAUGCCAUACGGAAUAAAGUUAUUGAGAAAUGGGUUGAGCUUAAA